AAAAAAAGAGAUUGGUACACGCCGGCCUAUUGGGCCUUUAAAAAUUGAAUCGAUCGCAAUCAAAAUAUUUAUUAAUCAAAGAUAAGAUCUCUCCAAAUUCACACAUUUCAAGAUCAAUCCUUCUUCCGCCGAUCACCACCACCACCAUGUGUACGUUAGAGAAACGCGGCGAUCUCUUCCUCUUAACCCUAACCGGCGACGGCGAACACAGAUUCCAUCCCGACACGAUCGCCACCAUUCUCUCCCUCCUCGAUCAAGCCAAAUCUCAGUCCAAACGUGGAUCCGUGCUCAUCACCACCGGUCACAGCAAAUUCUUCUCCAACGGCUUCGACCUCGCCUGGGCUCAAACCGCCGGAUCCAAAACCGGAGCCGCGAACCGGCUUCACCAGAUGGUCGAAUCAUUCAAACCGGUUGUCGCAGCGCUUCUCGAUCUCCCUAUGCCUACGAUCGCCGCCUUGAACGGCCACGCCGCCGCCGCGGGACUGAUUCUGGCUUUGAGCCACGACUACGUCUUCAUGAGGAAAGACCGUGGGGUUUUGUACAUGAGCGAGGUUGACAUAGGUCUUUCGAUGCCGGAAUAUUUCUCGGCGUUGGUUAGGGCGAAGAUCGGGACCAGCGCGGCGAGGAGAGAGCUGUUGCUGAGCGGGAAGAAAAUCAGAGGAGAAGAAGCGGUGGGUUUGGGGAUCGUUGACACUGCGGCGUAUGAUAGCGCGGAAGGUGUUGUGGAGGCUACCGUGCGCCUUGGUGAGAAGUUGGCGGCGAAGAAAUGGAGUGGUGAGGUGUAUGCGUCGAUAAGGAAGAGUUUGUAUCCGGAGCUUUGUGGUAUUCUUGGUGUAGAGGCUAGAGUCUUUGCAACUCCCAAGCUCUAAAGCCUCUCUUCGAGAUUGAGUCUUUGGUUUAAACAAAGAAAGAAAAAAAUUGUUUUGGGAGAAACACAAUUUAAAACUAGAAUUAUGAUUGCAGAAUAAUAAACAAAACAUGUUCAAAGAUUAUAUUUGUGAGCUUUGUGGUAUUCUUGGUGUAGAGGCUAGAGUCUUGCAACUCCCAAGCUCUCAAAGCCUCUUUAAGAGAGUGAGUCUUUGGUUUCAAACAAAAGAAUACAUUUGUUUUGGGAGAAACACAAUGUGAAACUAGAAUUAUGGUCGCAGAUAUAAUAAACAUGUUCAAUGUUGGCUUUUUCA